AUGGGGGCUACGGUCAACAUCCUACCAGCCUCAAUCAUGAGGAAAUUGAAGAAAGGCUCAGAUGAGUUAAUCCCGACCGAGACAACGGUCAGCGGGUUCGUGGGAGACACCACGACUUCAAAGGGAAUUCUCCCACUCCAAGUUAGAGUGGGGCAAAAAGUUAGAAUGACUGCCUUCUUUGUGGUGGAGACAACGGCCCAUUUCAAUGCUUUGUUGGGCCGAGAUUGGAUCCAUGGAAGCAUGUGUGUGCCCUCUUCACUUCAUCAAUUCUUACAAUUUUGGCACGAGGAUGGAAGUGUAGAGAUUGUUCAGGCCGAUGUACGGCCCUUUAUGGCUUCCGCCAAUGCGGUAGAGGCAAAGUUUUAUGAAGAUGACAUCGGGCCCCUUUAUUUUACGGGGUCAGAUAAGAACGGCCGACCUACGGGAGUCUCGGCCCAAAAGUUGAUAGACUUGGGGGCACAUGAUGCCCAAGCGGAUGGGGAGCGUCCCACUAUAGCUGAUUUUUUCUCCCUCAAUGAAUGA